GGAAACCUUAAUUGCAGACCAAUUCAUCCCCGCUCAAAACUCCCUCGUCCAGUUCCCGUCUAUCCCAAGGCUAAAUGUAAUUCAAUUCCAAAUCUAUAAAAAUACCAAUGACGACGACUCCAUUUACGAUGCAAGACCGGGGCUAAAGUUUCUCCUAGCUAUAAGCUAUUAUUACACAAGACCCGUAACUUCCCCAUAUCAAUUUAUUUCCAACGAACCUGCCACUUGUCAAUAUCCUCUCUUCGUUUGACCCUCCGUCCCUCUCCCCCUUUCACAUUAAAACACAAUUGAAUACUUGACCACAAUACAUACCCGGGUUAGUAUCCAUCCACGAUGGCCGACACAGACGCACUCCGUGAACGUCGGAAACGAAACUCCGUCGAUAUUCUGCAAGAUGAGGUUCCUCUGACCAAAACCACAACUCGGGCUUCUUCUUCGUCGGCAGAAAAGAAGGCGAAGAAAUCACUCAAUAAGCUGGCCGCAGAUGAAGAUGCAGCACCUUUCUCGUUGGUGGAUCUGCUGAGAUCGAUUGUUUUUGUAUUGGUUGCGAGCUGUGGGUUGAGUUAUGUGGUUACGAGGAACAGCUAUUUCUGGGGGAUAAAGAGACCGAAUUGGACGCACGGGGAGGUGUUGAAGGGAUAUUGGAACGGACCUCCUCAAUUAACCGACGCGGAUCUCCCGCGCUACGACGGCACGAACCCAGAUCUCCCAAUCUACCUCGCGCUGAAUGGUACGAUCUAUGACGUUUCGACGGGACGCAGACAUUAUGGCCCAGGAGGCAGUUAUCAUUUCUUCGCGGGCGUGGAUGCCACGAGAGCGUUUGUGACGAAUUGUUUUGAGGAGGAUAGGACGCCGGAUUUGAGGGGUGUGGAGGAUAUGUUUUUGCCGGUGGAUGAUGAGGAGACUGAUGCGGAGAUUUUGAAAAAGGUUGGGAAAGGAGGGAUGAAGAAGUUGAAGGAGAGGGAGAGGAGGGAAGCGGCUAAGAGUGUGAGGGAUGCAUUGGGGCAUUGGAUUGGAUUUUUUGAAAAUAGUGGAAAGUAUCCAAAGAUAGGAAAGGUUCAGAGGGAGAAGGGAUGGGAAACUAAAGGGGAGAAACCAAAGCUAUGCGAGAAGGCAAUGAAGGGAAGGAAGAAGAGAACAAUUCCCGAGGGAGGAAUUUGAGUCUGAGUGAUAUCUGCGUGGGUUUGCCCCGGGGUUUUGGCAAAAGAGAGAGGAGAGGGAGAAUGGAAUGGGGUGGCAGGAGGUGUUUUUUUAAUUUAUUUAUCGAGCUUAUGAGAUGCAUUGUAGGGUUUGCAGGAAGUUUUUGAAUGUUACACAGCCAAUGCAUAUAUAUGUUUGUUCAACAUAAUUUCUGCCACAUACGACCAUAGACUGAAGAGAAUUGGGCAUCCCGUCCGCUCUGCCAUACACAAGCUUCAGAUCGGUAGAUUAGUAGUUGGGUGGGUGACCACCAGCGAAUCCCUACUGUUGUA